UUCUGCCACACCAGACUGAACUGUAGGCUCAGGAGGACGAGAGGUGGCGUCAUGGAGGCAGACACUGCAGAAGACAUUGAAUCUCUCAUAGAGGGUAUGGACUACAUCCCUGGCCACUUUCACCUGGACCUCAACCUCAACUGUGACCCUGUUGGGCCUGCGAUUCUGAGAAUCAGGGACACUUAUCUAAAACAGGAGAGCCUCCGAGGCGAGCUAGAGGCUGAAGCUGGGUAUCUGCAGUACGCUGUCCGAAAUCUGCUUGGUCUGCUGGCUUUUCACCUGGAACAACUGGACACAGCUGAGGAAAUAUUCAGAAGCAUUUGUAAAGAAGACCCAGGCAACCUCAAUGCCUGGACCAACCUGGGCUACGUGUACGACAAGCUGGAAAGAGAGGUAGAAGCAGGGGAGUGUGUGGAGAAAGUGUCCCACCUUAUGGGUUUAAAAUCCGGAGAGACCUCUCAGGAAGAGGCCAGGCUCCUGGCGGCUCGCUGCCUGGUUGAGCAGGCCUACGUGUAUCCUUAUGACGUGGAGCUGGACAGUGAAGAGGAACUGAGAGAGAGGCUGAUGUCAUCAUUGAGACUUUAUAACAGAGCCCUGGACUAUGGGGGGCAGCUGAUACCAACAGAGGAAAAACUAAGCUGGUAUUUCAAAAUGGCAAUCAUCUAUAUAAGACUGGAUGACAUAGUAAAAACCAAAGAGGACUCUGAAUACUCCAGACUCUCCCAUUACAAUAAAGGACUGAAGCUUCUCAAAGAAACACUAGAAUCAGAGAAAACACAUAACAAAGCUCUCGCCUGGUGUUAUGUCGGCAUCAUGUUGGAGAGAAAAGAAGAGUUCGGCACUGUGCCCAUGUCUAUACAUGACUGUGGCUACUCAGCCUCAGAACCUCUAUCCUGCUAUGGAACUGCCAUAAACUUAGCCAGUGAUGAUGCGUUCACCCUAAACCUUCUGGCAAAGGUCUUCCUUCUGUUGGGCAAACAUGAGAUGGCCACAGGGAUCUGCAACAUGGCCCUAAACGUGCUCCCAGACCCAGAGCUCAACUGGCAGGCCUACUGCACCCGUGCCAAGAUCAAUAUCAUGCUCUAUAUCAGGGACCUGGAGAAGGCAAAACAUGGUCAAGAUGGAAUCCCAGACCGACAUAGGCUAACUGAGGCCAGAAAAGAUUUAGACAAGGUCCUGAUUGUACGUCCGUGUCUGCGGACUCACCUGGAGAUGGCACAGGUGUACUACUACAUGGGUGUAGAUGCACUCCAGGAGAGUCUUUUGGUGGAUGAAGGGGCAGUGAACAGUGCAUUGGUUAGUCUGUCCCAUGCACUACAGUUUAAGCUGGGUGACAGCUUGCCCGACCUCCAUGUGCUCAGAGGACGCUGCCUCCUGCUGAAGGGCGAGGAGCAGAACGCUGCAGACUGCUUCAAACAGGCUGUGGACUUAGAGAGGCCAGGAAGCACAGACACUACAGCCCUGCGCUGCCUCCUACAGGCCCUCCUAGCUGUGUUCAUGCAAGGAGGCCCUGACCCCAGCCUUGCAAUCACCCAACUGGAACUGUGCGUGCAAAAGGCAGAGGAGAGGUACUCUAAGGACAUUGUGAAGACAGAGCUGAGGUGCCUUUACAGGACUCAUACUGCAGAGGUCACAGAGUUAUCCAGGGCUCUGAUCAGGACAGGAAGACUGGACCUAGUGAGGAGACUACUGGAAACUGUGGUGCCUAAACAACUGGUUAAGAAGAAACCAGUGGCAAAGUCUUUCUCUUAUUCCUGAAGCAAAAUAUAUGACUUCAAUACUUAUAGAGGCACAUGACCAGACCAGACAUGCAACAAUUCAUGAACUUUCUGAUAGCAUUUCAUAGAUAAAGAUGAACAGCAAUGGGGCACUGUUAUCAAGCUGUCUUUACUGUAACUGUAUCUGUUUUUAAGCUGUUAUUCCUCUAUUAUUUAACUUUUGCAAAGGUUGGAUCUACAGUUACAGUGUUACUGCACAUGUGUGUAGGCUUUCAAGCCUGCUUUACAAAGAAAGAAGAAAAUAUGUUAAAAUCUUUGUUUUAAUCUACAAGAAGAUGGUCACAACUUUUGAAAAUAUUGCUGAAUUGAAGAGAGAGUGUUAUGGUGCAUUCAUAAUCAAAUGGCGAUGGUCAGGAGGCCCCACUGGCUCUUCCACAGUGGCUGUGAGUAGCCCUCAGAUGAGUACUUUCAAAUACAUGUAGUCUGAUUUCUGCUCAGUAAUAUUUAAAUCUUGUUCAACUACCUCUCCUUGAAUGGGAUAUUUUAAUACUCUACCACUGAUGACCAGCAGGUGGAGGUAUACACCAUUAAAAUGUUAUGUUCUGUUUUUGGUGCAAAAUGAAUUCAAUCACAAGCAUUUAAAGUCUUUCAAAAUACAUUAAAUAUGUUGGAAAAUAGUUGCUGAAAAUGAGAAAAGACUCUGAACGAUAUAUUACUGA